UCUGCUCGGCACCGCAAUGUCGGCCGUCGUGUGUACCGUGAUAGGAACGUUGCUCGCGUUUUCCGCGAUUUUCUAAGUGAAACGCGCAACGCGCGCGCCCACAUCGCCGUCCAGUGCCGUGCUAUGACCGUGUGAUCCGUUACACGACGAGGAUCCACAGCUGAUUCGCCGCAGCUCCUGCUAUUCCCGAAGAUGGGGUGGAGUCGACCGUGAAAAGUGAACAUUAUUAUCUGCGUCGACUGUACCGGUUGACAAUUGGGACUCGACGCGCGGAUCUCUUCCACUAGCAGCGGUUGCUUGGCAGUCGACGAUCGGCAGUCGUGGCGAUCGUGUUGAACGUGGUGUCGGAAAUAUUCAGUGUCCAUUUUUUAUAACCGGAAUAACAGCUUCGAAAUUCAGAUCGAGCCGAGUCAGAGAAGCCGGCUCGCGCUACUCCUACCUCCGAGUGAGUUUGAAUCGAAUUUUAAUCGACGCGACUCGCUGCAACUAAUUGUCAUCGCGGCCCGACACUAUCUUAUCGCUGCCUCGACAUCGCGCGGGGGAAAUAAAAAGGAAGGAGCGGUGUGUAUGCCGGCGACUUGUGGCCCUGACGUUACGCAACGCAGCCGACAGAUACAAUGAAGUCGAAAACGAGUGAGAGUUUUAUAGCGAGUGAAAGCAAGACGGGGGUCAGGAAAGACGGUGCCGACGAGCACAAACAAAAACAGUUGAAAAAAGGUAAAACGUUUUGCCAGUCCUGUAAGAAGAAGUGCAGCGGAGAGGUGCUGCGCGUGCAGGACAAAUACUUUCACAUAGGAUGCUUUAAAUGCGCCCAGUGCAAUACCAGUUUAGCACAGGGCGGAUUCUUUGUACGCGAUAAUGCCUAUUACUGCACCAAGGAUUAUCGGGAACGGUGGGGCACGCGAUGUGCCGGUUGCGGGGAAUACGUGGAAGGUGAUGUGGUGACAGCCGGCGAGAAGCAUGCAUUUCAUCCGAAUUGUUUCCAUUGCCAAAGAUGUCGGCAACCGUUGCUGGGGCAGGGAACGAAAGUGUCUCUUGUUCAAGGUCAAGCGCUGUGUCAUCGAUGCGUUGGUAUCCCAGUUCGCGAGGCCGCGACGCCGGUCAGUAAUAGCACUGGUACCAAAAGCGGCGGGCACACCGACCCUGGUGCUUGCGCCGGUUGCGGAAACCAAUUGAGGGAAGGUCAGGCGCUGGUCGCGCUCGAUCGCCAAUGGCACGUCUGGUGCUUCAAGUGUCACAGCUGCGACACUGUGCUCCAUGGAGAAUACAUGGGAAAAGACGGCGUGCCUUACUGCGAGAAGGAUUACCAGAAGCAAUUCGGGGUGAAGUGCGCCUAUUGCAAUCGUUACAUCAGCGGCAAGGUCUUACAGGCCGGCGACAACCAUCAUUUCCACCCGACCUGCGCACGCUGCACGAAAUGCGGCGAUCCGUUCGGUGACGGGGAGGAGAUGUAUCUGCAGGGCGCUGCUAUAUGGCAUCCUCGCUGCGGUCCAGGACCCACCGGGCCGAAUGGCAUCGUGAACGGACACGGAGACGCUCACACCCCGCAACAUCGGGAAUCGGAGCGGAUUUCCAGCAGCGCUUCGGAGAUGCAGUUUUCAUUGCGGUCACGCACGCCAAGCCUGAACGGAUCGCUGUGCAGCCCUUACAGCAGCCUCAGUCGCAAGUAUUAUCCCGCGCGAACUGGAAGUCCUGGCCUGAUCUUGAGAGAAUAUGGACGACCAGCAGAAGAUGUGUCUAGGAUUUAUACUUACUCGUAUUUGACUGAAACGCCCAGUCAAGGAUAUUUGAGACGUCCGAUACAGCCCUACGAUAAACCCCCAACUAGCCCGCAUUUUCAUAGACCUAGUUCAUCUCGUUCGAUAAGAAGCAGCGGUGGACGCAGCAGCAGGUCGGGAAUGCGAGCUCUGGUCGAUGCUCUGAGCGAUACCAGACCGAAAUCGCCGGCAAGUCAGGUAGAUAACGAUGAACCCAUAGAAUUGGCGCAUUAUCCAGACGCUAUGAAGCCGCCGCCGGGGGCUCAACCGCCAAUCGAGAGAGAUGAUUUUCCUGCUCCGCCGUAUCCUUACACUGAUCCCGAGAGACGUAGACGAUGGUCUGACACUUACAAGGGAGUACCUGCAUCUGAUGACGAGGAUGAAGUGGACAACAAAACAUAUAUUAAAGAGGCGGAGCAGAAGUUGAAAAAAGAACGGGAUGAAUUGAGCAAGAUCGACACGGGAAUAGCUAAAGUAUUCCUGCAAGAUCGCGAGAAGGAUCGGGAGAAUUUGCGACACAGGGCUGCGAAUGUUGAUCCUAGAAACGCCUCGAGGACACCGUCCGCCGCCAGGGAACCUUCAUACCGAUUGCGUUACGAGAGUCCUGUUGGCGCAUCGCCUUCGCGAAAUAUCGAUCAUGCACGCCCUUGGGAGGACGACGAUGGUUUCAGCUACAGAUCUAGCGGGCCUAGCUACAACGUUGGGAGGUCAUCGGCGCGCUCCCCGGCUCCCAGAAACUAUCCACCCCUUGGUACUCAGCGCGCCUUCACUCUUCCAAACGCCACUAGGCACUAUCACUCGGUGAUUGUGAGCUCCCUUCGGCACAUCCCGAAGCCGGGGUACGGUCUGGCACCGCGAAGUCACACCUUCUCCUCGACCGGCGGUUCCGUGUCUGCUCUCCCUGGCGACUAUUCAUUCAGCGGGAUGGGCGACAAGACGCACAGCACUGAUUUCUCAUCCGGCAAAUCGGACAUAUCAACAGGCAGCAUCACGGAUGUGGAUCGACGGGCAUUGAAUGAUGGUGGAAUCCUUCCAUCAUCUACCACGUAUACAGGUGGCCUAGGUUCGGUUGUUGGGGGCCACGGAGGUCAUCACGUCAGAAGAUCACUGCCGGACAUGGGUGCUGCACCAACCGAACCACCCAAACUGUAUCCCUAUCACCUACUUGUUAUCACCAACUACAGGCUGCCAGCUGACGUGGAUCGUUGCAAUCUCGAGCGACAUCUCUCCGAUGCGGAAUUCGAAGCUGUCCUCCAGUGCUCCCGCGCGGAAUUCUACAGAUUGCCACAGUGGCGUCGUAACGAAAUCAAAAGACGUGCCCGGCUAUUUUAAUUCUUGCUAUAUAUUUUACUUAUUAUAUCCGCAUUGUGUCAUGAUUGUGUUACUGUGGUACAGACUGUACAUUCCUACUGCGUGGGUAGAUGCAUAGCGGAGAAAAAAAUGUGUUCGGCAACCAUUGCGAGCAUCUGCCAGCUUGCAUAUGCUUUCAAAAUGGAAGUCCUCUAAAACGGGAGCACAUACAGAUACAGAUAUAGUAUAUACACACAUACACAGAGAGAUAAACACAUGUAAUGACAGGGAAGCACUGCCAAUUGUCGUCAAUUUUUUUCUCGCAGCAACGAAUCCACAGGCAGCUUCAUUUUACAACCUAAUCUGUUUAUCUAUAUAAUUAUUCUUUUUCUAGCCUUACCGUAAUUUGGUUUUAUUCACACAUAUAAAGUACGCAAUGACGGCUGACGUUAACGUAUAGAGGAGAAAAUAAUCAAAUAGGAAAAAGUUGCAAAUAAAACUCUUAAUACAAUUCGCUAUUGUAAAUAAGAAGUUUGUCAAGAGGUCAAAAAGCGGCGCGAGGAAACAGCUAGGAAGUUUCAAACUACAUAACUGCGUAUUCGCUAAAUCGCAUACAUACAUAUACAUAUAUUAACCUUGCGCAAGAUUAUGGUGCAAGGAACGCUACUAUGUAGAAUCUAUUAUCAUUAUUAAUUUUUAACUAUUAUUAUUAUAUUAUUAUUAUAUUUUACUAUGUGAAAGAUGAAGGAUAAGUAGGUGAGCCCAGCUUGCUGAAUGGUGCGAGUACGCUGAUUAAUUGGAUGACUUUUUUUGUGUGAUUUACCACGUUUUAAUUUACUUUGUGGCAAGAAUUAUUUUAUGAAAUAGCUUACGCGCAGUAUUCCUGUGUGACAGCAUUUAUUCUAUCCUUUUCAUUAUUCUUGAUGUAUUAACUAAAGAAACGCUCUGCAGUGCGGAUUGCGAUAGACUCCUACGAUUACUCGAUCACUCUACAUUAGAGUACAUAUAAAUAAAGAAAUCAGGACCAAAUUUAUAGGCGUGGUGGAUCCAGCAAUCAAACCAUCGAGGGCUUCAUCGUUAACACGAAAAAUAUGUUUUAUUAUAUUUUAAUCAAUAUACAAUUUUAUUGCAAUUUGCAUCUGAAUUGAAUUUUUAUUAUUG